AUGGCGAUCCUGCAAGACACGUGCGAAGCCUUGUUCCAUACCGAUACUCCUCUGGUCGCUGUCAUGGUCGAUACCUCAACCAGACCAUCUUCCCAAUCGGGGCACACUCUGCUCUCGAAAGACAUGGCGACUACUGCCAGCGAGACAUCGAAUGGGACAGAUCGAGCACAUAUCUUGGCUACCACGACUUUAUCACCUGACUCCGUAUCGACAAGCGCUGAAACUCUGAUGCUUGAUGCGACAUGCUGUCAGGUAGAGCAACGUCGAAGAAUGCUGAAGAGGUAUGGUGUGAUAAAUUUGGACUUCCAGACGUACAUGUCGCUGUAUGGUCUUGACUUGAGUGGCUGUGCUGCACAUGCUGUACACCAUGAUUCUGCACCCACAAGACCGAAUGCUACCGUGCGCUACAAGCGUUUGUGA